CCUUCAGUUACCCACAGUGCUAUUAAUCUACUUCAUAUCAACGAGAAGAAUGGGACUGCACAGGGUUGAGGAACUGGUGUCCGGUAAGAGGUCAGAGGGCAAAGAGGCGGCCGACUUUCAAGGGGGCGAGUACGAGGCGGCUGUCAAUCAAGAGAAGCAGGAUGACCGCAGGUCCCACAGCGAGCUGGUGGACGGAGGUCUGUCAGAGGAGAGCGACAGUGGCAGCGAACAGGAGCAAGUCAGUGUGGCGGCUCUCAAUACGGAUAGAAGCGGCAGGCUGAAGUUGGAGACGGUGGAUGACCUGUUCAACAUCCUGCAGCUGAGGAAGAGGAGGAGGGAGAGGAAGACUCCCGCCCAUAAGAAACAGCCAGAGCCUGAGAUCGUGCCGGAGACUGUGGAUGAUCAGCUGUUUCUGACAGCAGCGAUGGAGAACAAACUGCCUGUGGUGGAGAAGUACCUGACUGAUGGAGGGAGCCCCAAUGCAGCCGACCACUUCCAGAGAACAGCUCUGCACAAAGCCUCGUUCAAAGGGCAUGUGGAGGUCAUGAAAAGACUCCUGGAGGCCGGAGCUGCCAUGGAGAAAAAAGACAAGCUGGAGGCCACAGCGGUCCACUGGGCCUGCAGAGGAGGCAGCUUGCCGGCCCUGCAGCUCCUCCUUGACCAGGGAGCCAAGUUCACCUACAGAGACAAGUUGCAAAGCACUCCUCUUCAUGUUGCUGUGCGGACAGGACACUGCGAGUGUGCUGAGCAUCUCAUUCACUGUGGAGCGGACGUCAACGCCAAAGACAGAGACGGAGACACACCCAUGCAUGACGCAGUGAGGAUUAACAGAUUCAAGAUGAUCAAGCUGUUGAUGAUGUAUGGGGCAGGUCUCAACACCAAGAACUGUGAUGGAAAAACUCCACUGGAGACACUGAAUUCGUGGCAGAACGGAGCCAAGAGCCUCUUGUGCAACUUCAGCCAGAAGAAGCCCGACCAGUAG